UUAAGUGUUUUGGUGUUUGUCUGCAGAGUCUGGAGGACUAUUAAGGAUGCAGUAAUGAUUUCCAUGCCAGACAACCCAGAGGAUGUAAAGGAUGUUAUCCAGAAGGUUAUCAGGUCGCUUCUGAAGAUGGACAAAGGCCCCGCCGACCAACCCUCUGAUGUGCCGGUCAUUAUCGGUUAUGGCAAGCUGGCUAGCCAAACUACCUCAGGCAUCGCUGCGCUCCACUUCAAGAACCUGAACAUGAUGAAGCUUCUCAAGGCAUUUUUGGCCGCCAGAGUCAUCUACGGGGUGCACCAAUUGGAUGUGGUGGCAUGCCAUCGCAUGGCCACAGAUAGCGGUGUAGGACUGGUUCUCGCCAUCUCUGCCCUGGCAGCCGUGCCGACAGCCCCCUUUAUCAUGACCAAAACCAGAGGCAUGGUACCAUCCGAAGUUGCCAAAGUCUCUGUACUUCUAGCAGGGACGGUAUGCCCCGGACUACUUACCCACGGUACAGUUAAAUUUGGCUUCUACUCCCUGCAUUUGAUCACUGAAUUUGUUGAUGUUUAACUUGGCUUCUAUUGCUUGCUCGCUGUUCAUGUGAU